UCAACAAACUCGCCAUGCUCCCCACCACAUUCAUCCUGCCACACCCUGGAAGCUCUCGCCCCCGUCACCUACCGUCUCGCCUUCUACUCUCGAGGUAUGCUGUAUGUGCUGAGGUCUUUGGAGUACUGAACACCUCUUUGAGUUGGUAGGCCUGUGCGUUUUGCCUUUCUUGAGGGUGACAUCUGGGUCCAGUCGACAACAAGACAUAGAAGCCUUCAGGCACGUCUGGACAAGGUCGUUCACGAGCAUCAUCCCGCAUCCAGGCGCCGCGAUGAAGCUUGAUACUUUGACUUCGUCUCAAGCCACUACAGAGGUAGAGCUGGGUGGCAGUGAAUCUGAGGCCGACACAACAUCAGCCGAGGUGAUCCCGGGGGAUCAUACUGCACUCGACAAUGCAGACAAGCUGAUCAACAACUAUGUCCACCAGUAUCUCAUCGAGCGAGGCUACCAUCAGACGGCAGACUGCUUCAAGGACGAGCUGCCUGAAGACAUCGCGGGUAACAUUUCCUCACAAACAGCCGAUUGUGUCAACGUUGGAUUUCUAGGUGAUUGGUGGAUGCUGGUGCAAGACGUCAUCCCUCUCUUCAACUCUACGCCUGGAGGUCAACAGACGGCACAAACUGAAAGCACAAGCGUUGGCAUAUCCGGACCCUUGUCUUCAUCAUCUGGACCUAUCUCUACGUGCUGCGAAACUAUCAGGCGAGACGGGUGUGAUCAUCCAUCGGCUAAUGUAGACCGACUCUUGGCUCUGAGCUUCGCACAAGUCCGAUCUGGGCCCCAGCCAGAAGAUCACCACCAGAAUGAGCAUACGCAUAUAUCACCGCAGAUGCUGCAUCGCAGUCCAUCUGCUCCCCGAAUUGCAGACAAGCCUCUCGCAUCGACGUCCUGGAGUAUGGCACCUGAUAGAGGCUAUCGUUUGCACAUGCCCUCCAUGGCGAAGCCCAUUCAAGUCGAGCUGGUCGGAACGCCUGCCCCAUCGUUUGCACCUCCCUCGACACCACCAUCGCCGACCCCAGAGGUCUCCGCUCCUGCUGCAUCUGGUAGCAAGAAGAGGCAAAGGGUAAGAAAGCCAGCGACAGGGCCACCGAAGACAAAGACAACUACGGCGGCGCGCCCAACGAAGAGAAGACGAUCGCAGACAGUCACCUCCAGGACCAAGGUCAUUGGCGAGGAAGGAGGUGAUGAAGGAGUUCGUGUUCUUGAUCGGUGUGCUGCGAGCCCUCUACCGUCGACUCAAAGCUAUGACUAUGGAGGAUCCCCCCUCAAUGCUCGUCAUGAGAAGCUCGACAGUGCGCAAGACAGCUGCGUGCGCAUAUUCGAAGAAGGCCUACCUACGAUCGAUGAUGCUGCAGCAGACGCCGCUUUGAUGGCAGAGCUUGCUCGCUAUGCUGCCUCAUACGAGCCCGCUACUUCAUCUCAACCACGAGAUCGACAAGAUCCUGCCUCGUCAUCAACGGCCUCGAGCGGUCUCAACGCCUCUUUAUGGGCCCAGGUCGCUGCUCAACCCGGACCCGCCUUCGUUGGGGUAAUGACAAACAGCUCAACAAGCCAACCAUCACUGAUGCUUCUCCCAGACUUAACGCCUCUCACUGCUCAGCAAGAGAUGUCGUUCCUUGAGUGCGAUCCCUUCAAUGUCAUCGGCAGCACCAGUGGGAGCAGUCACCAUCAAGGCUCGACUGUGCAAGGCUCGGAUGAAGUCUCGCGUCAGCCAGGCUUCUCUGUGCCUUGGACUCCUACUGAGGCGCCACAGCCUGUCUCAACCCAUGCCAAUGGGUCUUCUGUGUUACACCCUACCAUCAACGUACCUCUCCUUUGUGGCCAAGACUCGGACCUUGAUCUUUUCCCCGCCUUGCGGGAUCAACUUUUGCCAGUAGCAAGAAAGGCCAAGCGCUCUGGUGACGUGCUUUUAGCCCAUGAGGAAGAUGCGACGGCAAGUCAAGAACCAAUCUAUUCCUACUUCAAUCCGGCUGGGGAGACGAUGAGCUUCCAGCCUGCAUCGCCGACGGGCUUGAGCAUGUCAUACGGCGAGACGAAUUCCUCAUUUCGGGUCCAGACGAGUCAACAGACUUGGCAGGAUUACUCUGAAGACGUGAAGCCCACGCAACGACUGACACAGGACAAGAGCAACUGCCAAGCACAAGUGGCGAGAACGAGUGGCCCUACAUUCACACCCGUUCGAGCGCACAGCGCAAGCCACCUCUCCCGUGCAGACCUACCAUCUUCGCUGUCCACCUCUGUCACCCCGGCUCGCCCGGCUACUCACGCCGGGCAUUCCCAAUCUCAUUCCACCGCAAAGGGGGUCACUCCUUUUACGCACCUUUCACGAAGGUCCGUCUCGCACAUCGCGAGUGAACUUGCUCCUUGGUCGUACGGAGCAACCCACCAUGCCCAUGCCCAUGCCGAUGGCCAGAAUGCAGUGUCUAGCCAAAGAGAAAGCGAUGUCGUCAAGCAGGCCCUUCACCAUCUAUCAAGCCCAGAAAAGGCCGGAGACAACUCCAAGUCCAGCGCAACGAGCAGCGAAUCCCUCUUUCCCUUGUCCUUCAGCACCACCACCAGGACUACCCCCAUUGUCAAUAGCAACAGCAGUCCACACUGUCAGCAGCAGUCCCAGCCUCCCCUAGGUAUCCCACCGCACUGCAUCGAUUUCGACUUCGACACGAGCGCAAGCUCGAGCGCAAGGGUGGGCAAAAACGUGAGCAUGAGCAAAGCAACGACCGAAGCGGAUCGACGGAUGGCAGCCAAGUUGCAACGGGGUAUGCUGGCGCAGGAGCAGGCGAGGGAGAAGAUGGUGGAGUAUUUCAGACCAAAGGUGAAGUCGAAGUCUGAGGAGGGCCAGGGGGAGGAGGACGGAGGGUAAGUAAGUGCGGGAGGGAGGCAGAGAGAGGCUCAAUGACUAGACUAGACAUUGUCC